AUGCCGCCACAAUUUUCAAAUGGGCUGAAUAUGCCGAGCAAAAAGCUUGGGGCGAAGCCGGGAAUUCCCCUCGGACAGAAGCGCAAGAAGAAUAUUUUCGACGAUGAGUCGGAUGAUGAAGACAAGAAGAAUGACAAUGGUGCCGUCGAAGUAUCUACCCUCGGGGGAUUAGAUGCGCCUCAGUCAGCCUCCAAAUCAUCAAAAACUGCCGGACCCCCACCUAAGCGAAAGAUGCAAUUGGGUACUGGAAAACCGAGUGUCAAGCCGCUGAACAGGAGUUCGAUUUUCGCCGACGACGAGGAUGAAGACGAAGAGAAGGAAAAGGCGCGUCAAGGCAAAGUUCAAUUCGGAUUCAACACAUCCAAAAAUACUGGACCAAAUCCCAAAGAUUUCACGAAUCUGUCUGCACUCCAUAGCAGCAGGAAGCAUGCAAAGGAAGCCAAGGAACUGGACCCGGCAAUCUAUUCAUAUGAUGCAGUAUAUGAUAGCUUGCAUGCUAAGCCCGAGAAGUCUGCAACAACUAGCAAGAGCGAAGUACCUCAGUAUAUGGAAAACCUCCUACGAAGCGCCGAAAUUCGCAAAAGGGACCAGCUCCGUGCCCGAGACAGACAACUAGCCAAGGAACGCGAAGCAGAGGGUGAAGAUUUUGCAGACAAAGAGACAUUCGUUACUGGCGCAUACAAGGCUCAACAGGCGGAGAUGCAGAAGCUGGAGGAAGACGAGGCUCGGCGGGAGAAAGAGGAGGAAGAGCGACGAAAGCAGAAUGGUGGGUCGGGUAUGGUGGAUUUCUACAGAGACAUGCUAUCCCGGUCAGAGGCCAAGCAUGACCAAGUGGUCAAGGCGACUGAGGAGGCAGCGAAGCGGGUCAAAGAAGGUGUGGCUACUGAAGAGCCUACAGCGGAAUCCGAUGAGAAGUCCGAAGCUCAGAAGGCCGCGGAUCUCAAUGCCCGAGGUGCUCACAUUGUUGUCAACGACGAAGGCCAGGUUGUCGAUAAGCGUCAACUGUUAUCCGCAGGAUUGAACGUGGCACCGAAGCCGAAGACAGCGCCUGCUGCUAAGCCUGUAUCUCGUGGUCCCAUUGGAAGACCAGCAGCAGCUGGCAACCAAUCUGGCCGUGGCGCUCAGCGUGCUCGUCAGACUGAGAUGAUUUCCCAACAACUGGAGGAACGUGCUAGACAGGAGGAAGAAGCCGAAGCGGCCAAAGAAAAGGAGCUGGCCGAAAAGAAUCGUAGCCGCAAAACGACUGGAGAUGUCUCCAGUGCAAAGGAGCGUUACUUGGCCCGAAAGCGCGAGCGGGAAGAAGCCGCGGCGAAGGCAAAGGCAACCUGA